AUGAAAUUGCACACUGUUUUAAUUACUGUUGCAUUUAUACCACAUAGGCCUAUUGGUGUGAAAGUAAUGGAAACAAGUUCCGGGCAACUAAGGGGCCGCCCUGGAAGGCCACCUCCACCAAAAGUGUCAAAGGACUGGUGCAUCACGUGUUGCCUUCCUCGAGCAUCAUCCGACAUAGGUUUGAGUACAAAACAGAAUGUGUCUGUAUUAAACAGAUCAAAAAGUCAAGUCCUAAAAAGACCACAACCAGAGCUACCUCCCCGACCUAAACCUGGACAUCCUCUGUAUAAUAAAUACAUGUUGCCUGUGCCUCAUGGGAUUGCUGAAAAAGAUGUUGUGUCCAAAAACCCUGGAGAACUAUCCUGCAAGCGUGGAGAUGUGCUAGUGCUGCUGGAACAGACAGAUAACAACUCCCUUAAUUGCCAAAGGGGAUCAGCAACUGGUGAAGUCAAAGUGUCAAAUAUAAAGAUAAUCACCCCACUCGAUGAGAGUUUGGACACCACACAAAAAGACAACAAUGUUCCUCGUGCUCUGGUGCUGCAUGAUUUUACAGGGGGAGAUGUAGAUGAUCUGAGCCUUAAUGCAGGGGAAACAGUUUACUUACUGGAAAAAAUUGACAAUGAAUGGUACAAAGGAAAGUGCAAAAGUUGUACUGGAAUAUUUCCUUCCAAUCAUGUCAGGGUUCUGGUUGAUGUUCCUGAUAAAGUGACUCAGAAAAACAUUACUUUCAACUCUGUAACAAAGGGCCCGCGGUGUAAGGCACGUUUUGAAUUUUCAGGAGAUCAGACUGAUGAGUUGAGCUUUUCUGAGGGAGAUCUGAUAGUUUUGCGAGAAUAUGUCAAUGAAGAGUGGGCCAAGGGGGAGCUUAAUGGCCACAUUGGCCUUUUUCCAAUAAAUUUUGUUGAAAUUAUAGAAGAUUUGCCUAUGUGUGGAUCAAAUAAAAUUGCUACAGAAGCUGCAAAUUCUCAGAAGAAUAAAAUGUCAGGACAAGGUUCACAGUACAUUGAAUCAUCGGGAGAAUGGUGUGAUGCUCUUUAUGAUUUUGCAGCAGAGUCGGAAGAAGAUCUGUCCUUUAAAAAAGGAGAUAAAAUCCUCAUAGUAGAGAGGCUGGACAAAGAAUGGUAUAAAGGGCGAUUGAAUGGCAAGGAAGGGAUUCUGCCAGUUGCCUUUGUACAUCUAUGUUCAGGCUCAAAGCCACUGCAGACUCAGGGAGGAAAUCCAGGAAAGGCUCAAGCACUGUAUGAAUUCUGCGGAGAGAGUGAGGAGGAACUUUCUUUUAAGGCGGGUGAUCUUAUAUUGGCAGUGGAAUCAGUAGAUAGUGAAUGGAUGAGCGGAGAACUUAAAGGACGACGUGGAAUAUUUCCAAAGAACUUUGUCCAGGAAUGUUAGCAUUAUGCAAAUGAUGCUUGAUUUGGGAGCCUUUUAUUUUCCCAUUCAAAUGUACAUUGCGCCCCUCGUGAAAUGGGCUAUCACCUUUGGUGCCAACUGAAUUUUUUUUAUAUCUUAGGUAUAUUGUGUGAUGAUAUUGCACUAUCUUUUUUUUUUCUCUCUAAAAUUAAAUAUUUGUUAAUGGCUAAGUAUGCUAAGUUUACAUGCUUGUUCUAUAUGUGUAUUCUAGUCCAAAUAGAGAUGUUUAAUAUAUAAUAUUGGCCAUGUAGCAUUGUGAAGGGCUUAUUGCCAAGUAAUUGGUACUCUAAAUGACAGUGUGACUGAGCCUCAACUCAAAUUUAUUCAGACUCUGUCUUUAAAAGUAAAGAUUAGCCUUUCCUCCUGCAUUGGAUAUGCCACAAAGUUACCAACAUGUGGGAUUUUCUUGUCUAGACAAGCAAUGAAAGGUAAAAGGGAAGUUUUUACAAGGGUGGUUGAUUCAUGUCCUUGACUUUCAAGAGAGGUGGUAAGGACAAAUAAGUCAAUCAAGAUUGCUUUAGAAGGGCAUAAGGCUAUUCAAAUAAUUAUUUAAUCCUCCACUUAAGAACAAAAUAUCGUGAGAUGGGCCUUAUAGAUCUAUCAAAAUCUGUUUCCAUCUAACAAUGCAUAUAAGGGUUGGUUGCAGUUGUCUGAGAUUUCUUUUGUUAAAGGUAUUUUACUGUAAGUCCAUUUUAUAUAGAAACAAUAUUAUGACCAGUGGGGAUCUGUUGCACUACAAAAUCACUGGCUGCUGCAAUUGCACAAAACAAUGAGGUAAAUAAAAAAGCAAUGAAGAUUAAAAUCAUAUCAGUGUAACCCCCUAAAAUUAAUAAUGUAACUAUAAUUUCUAGAAAUGAUUAAAGAAAACUGCAGAAAUAUUUAACUACUAAAAUAAAUGGAAAGAAGGAAAAAUCUCUUUUCAGCAGUAAAUAUCGUUUUUAAAUAAAAGUGUAAAAUCUCAGAAUAUUGCUCUCAGCAUUAUAGAAAAAUGGAACAAUCUUUUUUUUUUCUGUACAUUGUAACUGUAUCAAAUGUUGUUUUCCUUUAUACAGAUCAAGGUUGUCUUUUAUGAAUGUUUUAUUAUUUUAUUUUUUAUAAUGUAUCUGCAUACUGCAGUUUUUACACCUAACAGGAAGCCUCGCAACAGCUAUGUACACUGCUGACUUCAGUAACCACAAGAUGCCUAUAGACUUACAUUUAGUAAUCAUUUCUUCAAAUAUUAAUUUAUUUCACUGUAUUUUAUAUAUUCAGGUCAUGGGCUAGAUUGAGUGGCACGCAAGCCUUUAAGGGUUUUUUGUGGCUCUUUGUGAAUGUCAGAAAUUGCAUGUGUAUUACGAGUUAAAAGUAAACACGUUAGCUUGAGUGCAAUCAAAUUUAACGCAUGUCGGGUUAGUGCGACUUCGGAGUUCCAGUUAACUGUUACGAGAGACAAAAAAGUUGUACAAAACACAUCAAAUAUACACAUAAACAUAGUUAGUCUUAUUAA